AUGCCGCUCGCUGACCGUCGCCUUGCUCGAUCUUACGUCCACCUUCCUGGGUACCAAGAACGCGUUACAGGUCCCUUUCGUCCCCUAGGCAUUUCCUUGGGUGCUGGGUCUUUUGCGUCGGCUUGGGGAGCUCAAGACCAUGGAUCUGGACGCCUGCUGUGUAUGAAGGAUAUCGACAGGCGCAAGAUGGUGGAGGAGGAAUCAGAAGACGUCGUUGCAACGGAGCUCGAAGUCUACCGGCACAUGGCCUCCUGGGAGAAGGAGUGCGACGGAAGGGCAUUCCUCAUGCAAUUGGAAAUGUGUUUUUCAACACACGAUAGCAUCUAUUUUGUCAUGGACUUGAUGGUUUUUGACCUCCGGAAGCUCAUGGCUGAUGAGCCUGAAUUCAGUUUCGAGAACGCUCCUAGAUUGAGCGCUCAGAUGGCCCUUGGUAUCAAUGCUCUUCACAGCAUGGGCAUUAUACACCGCGACAUAAAGCCAGAUAACAUUCUCAUAGAUUCCCGCUACAACGUCAAAAUCGCAGAUUUCGGGCUCUCCCAUCUGCACGGGACGCCUUUGGAACCAGGGGAAGGGUAUACGUCGGCCUAUAUGGGAACCCUCGCGUAUAUGGCACCUGAAGUAAUGUUUAACGAGGGUGACAAAUACGGAUGCGCGGUAGACUGGUGGUCUUUUGGAUGCGUCCUUUACGAGCUCAUUUCUCCGGGGCACAAGGCGGGUGGGCUCUUCAACGCGGUGGAUGAGAUAGACGCCUAUGUCAAGUCGUCCACUUCCGAGGCGUUAGAGGAGCUCGACCCAUGCCUGCUCGAACCCGUCGACUGCCUGCGAUAUGAAUUUGAAGGCAUCAAGUCACACCCAUGGUUCACGGUCAACGGCAUGUCAGAAUUUGACAAUGCUGCCUAUCGUGCCAUUCAACGCUUCCAAAUCAAGUUCAUACACGGAGAAGAUCAAGAUGAACACGACGAAGAGCUCCUACAUCCUGUGCGGGUGGAGUGGCAGAAUUUUUGGCCUGUUUUUGCAUGA